UAUCCUAACGACGCACCACGCCACGCUGCCAUAAUUGCACGUUGAAAAACUAACAAAAGCGCAUCGAUCUUUACUCUAAGGACCGACUUCCAACAUUAAAUAAGACAUAAAACACGCGGAAGUGGGAAGACCGUGACGGACUGUAUCGUUUCGUGCAAUGAACAACAAGAUUCAGAACAUUUUAAUUCCUGAAUAGAACAAGAAAUAACCUAACCUAACAGAAAGACACAAUGGGUAUUCGAGGAUUAACGGCAAUCUUAAACAAAUCGCCAUGCCUGCGACCGUAUAAUCUGCAGAAUACUUUCUUGGUAAUUGAUGGUGACAAUCUGUCACAUAAUAUAUAUAUUUCGUGCACAGAUGACAGUUGGAUAUACGGUGGCGCAUACGAUGCGUAUGCAGAGAUUGUAUCGAAGUUUUUUGACAAGCUUCUCGAGUGUAAUGUAACGCCAUUGGUUUUGAUGGACGGUUCGUACGAAGACUCGAAAUUAAAUACAGUUAUCAGCAGAUUACACCAAAAACUCCAAAUCGCAUCGACCAUAAUCGAGAAGAAAAGACUUGGGUGUAGAAUGUUCGCCCCGCCGUUAAGAAUGAACGUUUUCAUCCAGGUGUUGCGGGAAAAGAACAUUAAGCACGUGCGAUGCCUAAUCGAGGCCGAUAGGGUCGCAGCAGCGAUUGCAAAUGCGUUAAACUGUCCAGUUCUUAGCGACGAUUCUGACUUUUAUUUAUACGGGACGUUGUGUAUACCGUUUAACACAUUGAACCACACUGUGAAACGCGAUACCGCCGGCAACGCGUUGAGUUGCAAAAUAUUUCAGUUUGACUAUUUUUUAAAUCACUUUCCGAGGUUGAACGAAUACACGUUCUCGCUUAUUGCGGUGCUAUUGGGGAACGAUGUGUCGAAACAAGAUGCGUUCAAAAAUUUCUUAUUCAAGUUUCGAACGUAUAAAGGCGUAGCCUAUGCAGAAAGCAUCUUUAAUUGGCUCCGUAAUCAUACCUUGGAGCAAGGAAUUACAAAAAUCAUGAUUACGAUACCUAAAUCAGAGAGACAAAAGUGUUUAAAUAUAAUAGAAGAAAAUAUAAAUCAUUAUAGGUGCUUGCCUCCGGUACACGAGUACAUUAUGCUUUUGGAUGCUUCGAAAUAUAUCGUCAAUUGCGCCGGCAAUUCCACGAAGGAAGCUUACAAAUUCGCCGGGGAUAUUCAAAGUUUACCAUACACGGGGAGCGAAGAGGAGAAUUUUGAAUUGUGUAGGGUUAAUAAGAAGGAAAAUCAUAUUAAUCAAUUAAUAAACACGCUUAUCGAACAUAAAAAAGCAAACCGUAGCAAUGAAUCGAUGAUUGAUACGUUGCCUAAAUGGUUUUUAGAGGAUUUUCGCAUGGUUAAAUUUGCAGGCAAUUUUUUAACGUUAAUUGAUACGCGUUGGAAUCUUACGCCAAUAGUAAUUGACAAUUUUCAAUGUCCCUCAAGUCAUUUAAUCGCUUUUGAUAUUCUCAAAGUUACAUUUGGAAUCUUGACGUCGGCGACAGAUGAAAAAAGAACCUCUCUGAAAUGUGUGGUUAGGGAUCAGCACGGGUGGUUGAUGCAUCACGACUUAGAAGCGGCGGUAACUAUACCAUUGUCGAAACUUAAAGAUCUUCCGUUGAAUGACCGAAAAGAAAUAUUGGAUAAUGCGUUAGAAAUACGAAACGUAAAGUGUAUCGACGAACUUCCAUCGAAAUGGAAGCUAUACGUUGCUUGCUUUAAAUAUUGGACGGAUCGAGCACCGCACUACAAAUCAAACAGAUGUUAUACGUAUCCAAUAAUUUUCAGUAUGUUGUUUAACAUCAUAAUCACGAAAAUCGGGCAAUACGAAUCCCUGAAGAGCCUAGGAGAAUCAUACGUGUCAUUACUUUCAGCGGAAAUAAGGAAUAUCAGUUCCUUCCAACCGCAUUACUUUAAGCAUCAUACGAUUGAUAAGGCGUACGACAAAAUUAAUAUGCUAGAUUGUCUUUUAGCUGCGCCAUUCUUUCUUAUACACGCUAAACCGCAGCCAAUCGAAUUUUUAGAUAGGCAUGUUCUUCAUGCGUUUGCAGAGUUCCAGAAUUGCUUAUUACUGAGCGUAGAACUGAACGCCCUUCUGUCCCGUCCUUACGAAGAAGUGAACAUAGCCACUUUGUACAAUGGGCCUCUGUUGUACAAUCUAUACGUCCAUUUCUCGAAACGCACUGACUUGGAUGAUUAUUUAAAUGGAAUUAUGAAUUCUAUGCCCCUUUUAAGUAUAUUCAAUCUAUUAUUGACGACACUAAAUUUUCUGUUUGAAUAAAAUAAUACUAAUAAUAAUAAGAUAAUAAUACUAUUAACCCCUUGCCUUAUGAUUUCUUUUUCAACUGUGAUCGUUACGCCUAUUUUAUCAUUUAUCAUUUAUUGGAAAAAGAGACA